AUGCUGUGAUGAGAUGUGAUGAGAUGUGAUGAAAUACAUUUGCAUUUCAUCCCAAAAUCUUUCCCGAGAUUGUCUGGUUCCCUGGUGCCCUCCAGGACCGAAGUUAUCCAGCCCCACUUUAGGGAACCUUAUUUGUCAGAAACAACACGGAUUUGGAAUGCAUGUGGCUGUUUGCAUUAGGUUAUAUGUUUUCCAGUGCUGCAAUGUGAGGUUUGGUGAUAUACUUUUUAAUGAAUGUUUUGUUUCCAAUUAGUUAGAUGACGAUUAUAAUAAUAACUAAAUAUCCAUGUUUGUUGUGCAUAGUGCCUUUGAUAUCCAUUAAAAUGCAAUUUUUGCUGUUUAAAAAAAAAAAAAAAAAAAUGAUGUUGUUGCUGUUACAGUCUGUAUGACCUGUUUGUCUAUGGAUAUCUUUGUCUAUUAGUGUCCAGAAGAAGCUUUCCAAAAAUGAACAUCAACUCGGUUAAAUCGGCGCACCUGUCGACCAGCUGUGGAAAGCUUUUGUGCAUUCAAGGCACGCAGAGGCCCAAUCAUUCUCAUCAGCUGGUUGCAAAGAAUGAACAGAAAUUCAACCCUGGAAACUCAGUCAAGGUGUAUCAUAUCUUGUAUAAUAGAACCAGACAAUGCAUGGCUUUUGGCUUUGAGGUGAAAAAUAAGUCUGUUUUCCCGGUUGUUACUCCCGGUGAAGAGGUCAAAUUUAAGGCUUUACCCACAGACAAGCUGAUUACGGAAAGGACCUUUGAUGAAACGUUCUUAUUUCAGUGGGGUGAGCAAGAGAUCUCUGGAGAUUGGAGGAGUCUGGAAUCAGUGGCUAAACCCAAAAAGUACCUGUGUGUUAAAAAUGAGGUCAAAGUGACCAUCACAAAAAAACAGAGUCCGGUUUUUAGAAUCUGUUACUCAGAUGAGAAAAAAGGUGAGGAGUUGCAGAGUCUCUGUGGAUCGGGUAAAAUCCAAGAGAACGCGACAAAUCCAUACAAAAAGAUCUGGCGAAGACGCAACUUAAAAAGAGGACCUUCAUGCUGCGCGGGAUCGGCAUCCAAUAAACCCCUGCACUGCAACGACAGGAAAACCAAGCGGAUGAAGAUGUGAAGAGCUGAAGCGUUUUCACCAACAAAAGGGCUUUGAUCGUUCUGAGAAAACAUGAGAGCGAUUCCUCCGUGGGUCUUUGAGGCAUGGCAUUUUCUCCAUUUAUUUGCAUGCGUUUCACUUUGAUUUGUAUUUCUUUCACUUUUCAGUGAGGUGUGUUCACCAGUGAUGUUGGGCAUAUCUCAAUUUCUAAUGUUUCUGAAACAAGUCUCUUCUGCUCACCAAGCCUGCAUUUAUUUGAUCCAAAG